CUCCAUCUAUUCCCAUUCUGGUAAGCUUUUCCCCCUCCCCCCUUUUCAAUCAUUCAACUAAAGUCAACUAAUCCUGGUCAGAGAAUUUGCUCCCUUACCAUAACUGUACAGUUGUGAUUUUGUUUAUCAGCUAAGCUAAGCUCCUGUUUCUGGAUUUGGAAUAGAAAAAUCCGAGGUGUCUGUCCUAUAGUGACAGACAAACUCGUUGGGAUGAUAUAAUAUUUAGAUUUCACGUCCACCAAGUUGUUAUUAGUUUAUUUGAACCAAUAUGGUCAAUGAGUUGACUGCACAAUUUUCUGGGCCUCUUCGUAUUUUCAAGAACUUCUCAAACUCAGUAAAUUGAUCCCAUGGUUUGAUUUUUUUUUUCUUCCUUGUUUAAUUCCUUUGAGAUGGGCGGUGUUGUGGCCAUAGUUUUCUGGUUCUGUUUCUUUGCACUGCUAAUUGGACAUGGCUACACCCAUCCAUUGUGUACUGAUUCAAGAGAACCAUUUACUACAAAACCCUCUCUUGGCUUCUGUCAGUACAAUGGAAGUGUGUGCUGUAACUCCACUCGUGAUCUUCAGUUGCAGAACCAGUUCAAUGCAAUGAAUGUGCCAGCCGCUCCACGUUGUGCGUCCAUCAUCAAAUCCAUACUUUGCUCAAGAUGUGAUCCAUUUUCAGCAGAGUUAUAUGGGACUGGAUCUGUACCUCGGUUGGUACCCAACCUAUGCAAUGCCUAUUGCUUUGAAGUUUGGAAUCAAUGUCACAAUGUCUCAGUAUCAAACUCUGUAUUUGCUCCGAGCGGGGGAGCUGGUGCAGCAUCAGGAAAGUCCUUUACCAAGUUGACUGAUUUCUGGGAUUCAGAGACUGGUUUCUGCAGUGCAUUUGGAGGGGCUAACACAACAUGUUUCGGAGGAGGGCCAGUUUUGAAGCACAAUAAUAUACCAGGAACAUUACCUUCAAGCGGAAUCUGCCUGGAGAAAAUUGCCAAUGGGUCAUACCUCGACAUGACUGCAUUGCCAGAUGGGUCAAAUCGGGUUCUUCUGGCAAGCCAGUCCGGCAAGAUUUGGCUGGCGACUCUGCCAGAAGAAGGGUCUGGGAAAGUGUUGGAGCUCGAUGAAUCGAAUCCGUUUCUUGACCUGACUGAUCAGUUACAUUUCGACAGCGAGUUUGGGCUGAUGGGGAUAGCCUUCCAUCCUGAGUUUGAACAGAAUGGCCGAUUAUUCGCUUCAUAUAACUGUGAUAAGGUGACAUCACCCGGAUGCUCAGGGAGAUGCUCGUGUAACUCAGAUUUCGGUUGUGAUCCUUCACUGCUUCCUUCAAAAGAUGGAGGACUGCCUUGUCAAUUCCAUAGCGUUGUAGCUGAGUACAGUGCCAAUGGUACUGCAUUGCAACCUCCGAGCACGGGGAUGAGGUUACUUCCGCAGGAAGUAAGGAGAAUAUUGACAAUGGGGCUUCCUUACAGUGCACAUCAUGGUGGUCAAAUACUGUUUGGACCUGAAGAUGGAUAUUUGUACUUUAUGAUGGGGGAUGGUGGAAGCAAAGGCGAUCCUCAAAAUUUCUCACAAGAGAAGAAGUCUUUGCUUGGGAAGAUCUUGAGGCUUGAUAUUGACAAUGUAGCAAGUGCAAAAGUAAUAAAUGACUUGGGUUUAUGGGGGAAUUACUCCAUCCCUAGAGAUAACCCAUUUACAGAAGAUAAGGAUUUCAAACCUGAAAUCUGGGCAAUGGGGUUUCGCAAUCCUUGGGGAUGUAGCUUUGAUGCAACUAGACCUUCAUAUUUCCUCUGUGCCGAUGUUGGCGAGGAAAUGUUUGAAGAGGUGAACCUUGUGAGCAAGGGCGGGAACUAUGGAUGGCGGAUUUAUGAAGGGCCUUUCAUUUACAACGACACAAAUUCAAAGGUGACGGCGAAUUCAUCUACCAUGAAAAGCUCCAUGAACCCAAUCUUUCCUGUGCUGGGGUACAAUCACUCUGAGGUCAAUAAAGUUGAAACUGGAUCUGCUUCCAUCACUGGUGGCUAUUUCUACCGCUCAACUACCGACCCAUGUAUGUAUGGAAGGUACCUUUAUGCUGAUUUGUACGGUGGAAACGUGUGGGCAGGGACGGAGAACCCAGACGACAGUGGAAACUUCAGCACCAACCUUCUCGAGGUAAAAUGCGCACACGACUCUCCUGUUGCGUGUUCGUCCGAUGCAGGGACUAGUGCGCUGCCUUGGCUUGGUUACAUAUUCAGCUUUGGAGAGGACAACAGGAAAGACGUCUUCAUCUUGGCCAGCAAUGGUGUGUACAGAAUCGCCCGUCCCAGUCGCUGCAACUUCGUCUGCCCAAAAGAAAAUGCCACUCUUCGUGGCUCGCCCUCUUCCCCUACUCCUCGCUCUUCUGCUUCUGGACAAGGUCUCAGGUCCUCCAUUAUCAUGCAGUUAACCCUCUUUCUCCUGAUCUCCAUUAUCAGAAUGUCAUCUUUGUAAAUGGAAUCAGAUACUGGGAUUUGAGUGAACAC